GUCGCUCUCUUCACUUUUUUUGUACACUUUUUCGACGCCGCGCGUCCUUCAUUUCUUCGCUUCCACGCCAAUUCUCCUGAGCUAGUCUCAUAUUCCUUCCAAUCCACGAUGAAGUUCACAUCCGUCAUGAUCCCCCUUUUCGCUGGCCUCGUCGCCUCGGUCGCUGCUGCACCGAUGUCCAAGCGAGACGUUGACCCUAGUCUGAUCCCUAGCCUUGGAUUCAGCGCUGGCGUUAACCCCACUGGUACCGGAGACUGUGAUGGUGCUGUGAACGGUGCGGACGGUAAACCUAUCGCAGUACCGUGUGCAUGCCCACCAACCCAGGAUGUCUUCAAUCAGCACCUCCAAGCCGAUGUAGCAGCAGGUCAUGCCGUCAACAACCCCUCCGUCGCCACUCCAUUCCCCACGGACGGCUCAGUCGCUUCUCAGCUUGCGCGCGUUAACACCGCUCUCGUGUCCCUGCAGAACUUGAACGGUCCGGGCAAGGGAUGCCCUGCCGUUUCGACGACGCUUCAGGCUCAACAGAAGGCGCUGCAACAACAGCUCUAGGGAUUGGUGGGGCUGAUCGGGAAGAUCAUCUGGUGUUGAUGCAUAGAUUAUUUGACGGGCGUAUAUUUGGAUGGAUACCCAUGUGUCUCAGGAUUUACUUAAUAUUGGCAAUCGAAUGUCGAGGAGGGUGUUCAGA